AUCCAAACGUUUGGAUUGGAGGCACCAUGCAAAACAGUGGAAGAUCUCACAAGUGGGAUUGUCAUGGCCCAGGCUCUACAGAAAAUGUAAGUGUCAAUUAUAUAUAUUUGUAAUUCUUUGUUUAUUUUUUUAACUGCUGGAAAUGAGUUUUGUGAAACCAUCAAGCCUACCUUUUUAGUGGCCGUCGUGGCUAGGGCGUCGCGGCUGGGCGUCGUGGCUAGGCGUCGUGUGGUUUCUCUCUUUACUUUCUUUCUCCCAUUUGUGACCACUUACCUUUCUCUUCUCCAGAGACAUUGUGUAUUUCACUGACAACUGGAUCAGUAGGAUCAAGCCUGAGGUGGGAGAUAACUGGCGGCUAAAGGUAUGAAGAUGAUACAUGGGUGGUCGUUUUAAUACAUUGUCUUUUUUUGUGCCAUCUGCUCUCAAGCCUUUGUCAUACAUGUCCAUUCCCUCGUCAGUGCCACAGUCCCAAUCUCUCAUCUUCCCUCCUCUUUUCAGAUCAGUAAUCUAAAGAAGGUGUUGAAAGGUAUACUGGACUACAACCAGGAGGUCCUACAGCAGCAGAUCAAUGACUUCACCCUGCCAGACAUCAGCCUGAUAGGAGAACACUCAGACGCUGCAGAGCUGGGCAGGAUGCUGCAACUCAUACUAGGCUGCGCUGUCAACUGUGAGCAGAAACAAGGUGUGUCUGUCUGUCUGUCUGCUCAGCAUGGGCUAGGCUGUCUGUAUAGGCCGUUGUGUCUCUGAAGAAGCGCUCAAGGUUGUUACUAGACUCCAGCCUUGUCCUAGAGUCUAGACAGUACACAGCCUUGUCCUAGAGUCUAGACAGUACACAGCCUUGUCCUAGAGUCUAGACAGUAUACAGCCUUGUCCUAGAGUCUAGACAGUACACAGCCUUGUCCUAGAGUCUAGACAGUACACAGCCUUGUCCUAGAGUCUAGACAGUACACAGCCUUGUCCUAGAGUCUAGACAGUACACAGCCUUGACCUAGAGUCUAGACAGUACACAGCCUUGUCCUAGAGUCUAGACAGUACACAGCCUUGACCUAGAGUCUAGACAGUACACAGCCUUGUCCUAGAGUCUAGACAGUACACAGCCUUGUCCUAGAGUCUAGACAGUAUACAGCCUUAUCCUAGAGUCUAGACAGUAUACAGCCUUGUCCUAGAGUCUAGACAGUAUACAGCCUUGUCCUAGAGUCUAGACAGUACACAGCCUUGUCCUAGAGUCUAGACAGCACACAUCCUUGUCCUAGAGUCUAGACAGUACACAGCCUUGUCCUAGAGUCUAGACAGUACACAGCCUUGUCCUAGAGUCUAGACAGUACACAGCCUUGACCUAGAGUCUAGACAGUACACAGCCUUGUCCUAGAGUCUAGACAGUACACAGCCUUGACCUAGAGUCUAGACAGUACACAGCCUUGUCCUAGAGUCUAGACAGUAUACAGCCUUGUCCUAGAGUCUAGACAGUACACAGCCUUGUCCUAGAGUCUAGACAGUACACAGCCUUGACCUAGAGUCUAGACAGUACACAGCAUUGUCCUAGAGUCUAGACAGUACACAGCCUUGUCCUAGAGUCUAGACAGUACACAGCCUUGACCUAGAGUCUAGACAGUACACAGGCUGGUCCUAGAGUCUAGACAGUACACAGCCUUGUCCUAGAGUCUAGACAGUACACAGCCUUGUCCUAGAGUCUAGACAGUACACAGCCUUGUCCUAGAGUCUAGACAGUACACAGCCUUGACCUAGAGUCUAGACAGUACACAGCCUUGACCUAGAGUCUAGACAGUACACAGCCUUGUCCUAGAGUCUAGACAGUACACAGCCUUAUCCUAGAGUCUAGACAGUACACAGCCUUGUCCUAGAGUCUAGACAGUACACAGCCUUGUCCUAGAGUCUAGACCAGGGGUAUUCAACAAUUUUCCUACGAGGUCCGGAGCCUGCUGGUUUUCUGUUCUACCUGAUAAUGAAUUGCACACACCUGGUGUCCCAGGUCUAAAUCAGUCCCUGAUUAGAGGGGAACAAUGAAAAAAUACAGUGGAACUGACUUGGAGGUCCAGAGUUGAGUUUGAAGGGUCAAGACGGUAUUCAGAGUUCAGUUGAGGAAGUGUGUAAGAUGAGAGGCUUCCAGUUUAUCUGCAACAUUCCUCUCACAGCUUCGUCAAUUUCAGUUCUUGUCAUUGUGUACCUCAGCUUCUUAGACAGAACAUGUAGUCAUUCACUGUGUCUCUCUCUGCCCUUCUAGAAUACAUCCAGACCAUAAUGAUGUUGGAGGAAUCUGUUCAACAUGUUGUCAUGACAGCCAUUCAAGAGGUAGGCCUUUGUAAACAUUUUGAAAUGUCUGUGUGCUUUACUCGAGAUGCAUUUUCUGUGUCCUCAAAUGACACAUACUACACUGUGUAUGGUCCCCAUGUGUUGUAGCUGAUGACAUCACACUGUGUAUGGUCCCCAUGUGUUGUAGCUGAUGACAUCACACUGUGUAUGGGCCCCAUGUGCUGUAGUUGAUGACAUCACACUGUGUAUGGUCUCCAUGUGUUGUAGCUGAUGACAUCACACUGUGUAUGGUCUCCAUGUGCUGUAGCUGAUGACAUCACACUGUGUAUGGUCUCCAUGUGCUGUAGCUGAUGACAUCACACUGUGUAUGGUCUCCAUGUGCUGUAGCUGAUGACAUCACACUGUGUAUGGUCUCCAUGUGCUGUAGCUGAUGACAUCACACUGUGUAUGGUCUCCAUGUGCUGUAGCUGAUGACAUCACACUGUGUAGGGUCUCCAUGUGCUGUAGCUGAUGACAUCACACUGUGUAGGGUCUCCAUGUGCUGUAGCUGAUGACAUCACACUGUGUAGGGUCUCCAUGUGUUGUAGCUGAUGACAUCACACUGUGUAUGGUCCCCAUGUGUUGUAGCUGAUGACAUCACACUGUGUAGGGUCUCCAUGUGCUGUAGCUGAUGACAUCACACUGUGUAGGGUCUCCAUGUGUUGUAGCUGAUGACAUCACACUGUGUAGGGUCUCCAUGUGCUGUAGCUGAUGACAUCACACUGUGUAUGGUCUCUGUGUUGUAGCUGAUGACAUCACACUGUGUAUGGUCUCUGUGUUGUAGCUGAUGAGCAAAGAGUGUCCAGUUAUAGGAGGAAACGAAUCGUACGCUGACAUCGAUGGACAGGUAAGAUGUUCCGAUGUUACAGAGAAUGUUUGUAUCUUUUAAUACAAUAAACAUUUUAUUUAGUGUAUCAGAAUUUAUUUUGUAUUCUUCCAUGUUAAUUCUGAGGUAUUAGUUCUAUUUCCAGCUGAAGAAGACGGUGGAGGAUCUGAAUGAGGCUCUAGCCACCAAGGAGGAGAUCGCACAGAGAUGUCACGAGCUGGACAUGCAGGUUGGCCUUACGUUUGGUUUAAUUCCUUUAAGUGAACAGGGCUCUCUCUGACUUCAAUAUGGUUCGUGACAGCUACAAGUCUAGGUCAUAGUUCACCAUGGUGUCCUGAUCAUGGGUUGCACGUUUCGUCACAAUAUUGUUUUGAACAUUCGUUUUAGGACUGAUGCCCGACUGAACAUUCUACUCAAUACAUUGUCAUUGAGCACUAAUUAAGAUUUCAUCAAAAGUGCAUUACAGUGGCUUUGAAAUACAAUGACAUUUCCAAAGGAGGCAAAUAGUUAGCAGGAAAACCUUUUUGUCGUAAUUUUGAUGUCGCCAGAUUGACUUUAGAUGCAGUAUAACGUUAGCUAGCUAGCUAAGAUUGAGGGGAGAACUCCAGAUUAUAGUUAGCUCACGUUAGCAUUGCUAGCUAUUUUUGACAAACUUUGCUAGCUAAUGAAAACAUUGCCAGCUAAUGACAACAUUACCAGCUAAUGACAACAUUGCCAGCUAUUGACAACAUUGCCAGCUAUUGACAACAUUGCCAGCUAAUGACAACUUUGCUAGCUAAUGACAACUUUGCUAGCUAAUGACAACUUUGCUAGCUAAUGACAACUUUGCUAGCUAAUGACAACAUUGCCAGCUAAUGACAACAUUGCCAGCUAUUGACAACAUUGCCAGCUAUUGACAACAUUGCCAGCUAAUGACAACUUUGCUAGCUAAUGACAACUUUGCUAGCUAAUGACAACUUUGCCAGCUAAUGACAACAUUGCCAGCUAAUGACAACAUUGCCAGCUAAUGACAACAUUGCCAAAGUAGGAAUUUGACGACAUGAUAAUGAUGGCGAAGUUGUUCCCUACUAAAUAUUUGCCUACUUUAGCAAAUGUCGUCUUAUUUCCAGGACGCUGUCGUGUAAUUUAGACUAAACGAUCGUUAGCCUCAGUCUGUUCUAUUGUCCUGCUCUAUACACCCGUCUGAACCUCCGUUACUCUGAUUAACAUUGACCUCUUCUAUUCUCCUGACUUGACUGAAACUCCGUUACUCUGCGCCUUGCUUUGAAGGCCUUCCGUGCGCAGGAGCAGCGAGAUAAACUGAGGUUAGAGUAUAUUGAACUAGAGGAGAGGGUAAAUGACACCUUUUUUUAUUCCUAACUUCUCUCAGUCCUUGUCCUUUUUGGUGUGUGAAUUGAAAGCCCUGGAUUUGCAGUCUGCUGUCUGCUUCAACAACAGCAUCUCCUGUUUGAGAUCAGGCUCCCUUUAACUGUUGCAGCGUCCCAAACAGCACCCUAUUCACUAUUACUCUGCCCAGCUUUUGACCAGAACCCUAUUGGCCAGCUGUCCUGUCCACCUCAGUGCUGUGUCACCAAGCCCCACCCACCCACCCACCCUGCCCCGUCCAGACUAAUUCUCCUCCCCCCUCCCCAUGUUUACUUCCUUGUAUGUUACCAAGACGUCCCGAUGGCAGGAAGUGCUUGGUUGUUUGGUCGGCAGGAGUGUUCUGUCUCACCAGUGUCACAAAAGAGAAUAGAGCUAUUGAGAAACAUCAUGCAGAUGGCGAAUGGGGUUCCUCCUCAACAGAUGGCGAAUGGGGUUCCUCCUCAACAGAUGGCGAAUGGGGAGUUAACCUACCUGGCUGCCAACUGCCAAUGGACUCACUGGUCCUCUAUCCUCCUAGGUGGAGAUCCAUGCACUGUUGUGGUCCUCUGUAGCUCAGCUGGUAGAGCACGGCGCUUGUAACGCCAAGGUAGUGGGUUCGAUCCCCGGGACCACCCAUACACAAAAAAAAAAAAUGUAUGCACGCAUGACUGUAAGUCGCUUUGGAUAAAAGCGUCUGCUAAAUGGCAUAUUAUUAUUAUUAUUAUUAUUAUUAUUAUUAUUAUUAUUAUUAUAUUAUAGUUAGCAUUUCCUUCUAUGACAGAGUAGUAAGGUAAUGUGGCUGGAGAAGAGAGUUCUUUAAGAACUUUCACUUUAAGAUGUCUCUCUGGAGCCAGAAGAAAACAUGUUUGUUGAUGAACUGCUGUUUCACAGUACAGUAGAUCUCUGUGUUUUAGGGUUAGGUGUUUCACAGUACUGUAGAUCUCUGUGUUUUAGGGUUAGGUGUUUCACAGUACAGUAGAUCUCUGUGUUUUAGGGUUAGGUGUUUCACAGUACAGUAGAUCUCUGUGUUUUAGGGUUAGGUGUUUCACAGUACAGUAGAUCUCUGUGUUUUAGGGUUAGGUGUUUCACAGUACAGUAGAUCUCUGUGUUUUAGGGUUAGGUGUUUCACAGUACAGUAGAUCUCUGUGUUUUAAGGUUAGGUGUUUCACAGUACAGUAGGUCUCUGUGUUUUUAGGGUUAGGUGUUUCACAGUACAGUAGGUCUCUGUGUUUUUAGGGUUAGGUGUUUCACAGUACUGUAGAUCUCUGUGUUUUAGGGUUAGGUGUUUCACAGUACAGUAGAUCUCUGUGUUUUAGGGUUAGGUGUUUCACAGUACUGUAGAUCUCUGUGUUUUAGGGUUAGGUGUUUCACAGUACAGUAGGUCUCUGUGUUUUAGGGUUAGGUGUUUCACAGUACUGUACGUCUCUGUUUUAGGGUUAGGUGUUUCACACUAAAGUAGAUCUCUGUGUUUUAGGGUUAGGUGUUUCACACUACAGUAGAUCUCUGUGUUUUAGGGUUAGGUUGCUUUAUCAGCUGCUAAGCUACAUUUCACUUGAGCUGCCUGUUUUAAUGAAGCCAUACACAGUAGGUAGAACCACAGUAGGUAGAACCACAGUAGGUAGAACCACAGUAGGUAGAACCACAGUAGGUAGAACCACAGUAGGUAGAACCACCAUGACUGUUUCUGAAACACACCACUGAUGCUUUACUUCUGUGUGUGUCUCUCCCCCCCCCCCCACUACUACCAUUGACUUUGCUGAUAACUUGUUUAAUGAUGAAAAAUGUAUUUACUAUGACUGAGAUAUGUGGUUGUCCCAUCUAGCUAUCUUCAGAUGAAUGCACUAACUGUAAGUCGCUCUGGAUAAGGGCGUCUGCUAAAUGACUAAAAAUGUAAAUGUAAAAAACUUUGUGGAGUGAGUUUGUUCCUGCCAUCACGUUAUUGAGAAGGCCAUAUAAAAGCACGUUGCCCAGUUUGCUCUGUACUGUAAGAGUUUGUACGUUUGCAGCUUGUUUUGUGUGCUUGCUUUUUUCCUUAUUUGAAAUCAAUUGUGUGUGAUCAUGAAAUGUGGUCAUGAAAAACAGUUUUGCUGUCGAAGAAAAAUUCUGAUUUGUAACUACUGUACCUUUUCAUGAUUUAAGAAAAAUACAAAUGUUAUGGUGUUCUUGUAAAGACUGAAAUACAUGGUAGACUGUUUGUAUACAGUAUGUCAAUGAUAUGAUCCUCCCCUGAAAUGUUUUUAAAGUUGACUGUAUUGACGUGUUCCACCCCCCCACCCCCAGGUGGCAGCGUUACAGGAGGAGAGGGGUAGUCUCCUGGCUGAGAACCAGAUCCUCAUGGAGCGUCUCAACCAGUCGGACUCCAUAGAAGACCUGAACAGCCCUGUGGGACGCAGACACCUGCAGCUGCAGACACACCUAGAACAUCUCCAGGAGGAGACCUUCAGGUAAGACCCCUUAGGUAGGGAGGAGGGGGGGGUGGGGGGGGGUUGACUGGCAGAGAGGCUGUGGCCUAAAUGGUUCUCGGCCCCAAUUUAAGUGCACUAUGAACGACAAUGAGCUUCUCAUUCAGUUCCUUAGGUCACUUCCCUCUAGUUCACACCCUGCAGUUCAGAUUGAUUACAAGGCAGUUUCGGUCCCUGUGUGUUUUUAAGAUUGAUAUGUUCCUGGUCUCACCGAUAGAACCAGAAGCUAGUGCUGACUGAGAGUUCAAGUAGAGCUAUUAUUAAAGAGGCUCCAUGACUCACUGACAGAUUGAUUUGUUAAAGAGCUAUUCUACCUCAGCCACGGGUCUCUGAGUCUCUUGAUGCCUACAGAUUAAACUACAGCCAUGGGUCUUUGAGUCUCUUGAUGCCUACAGAUUAAACUACAGCCAUGGGUCUCUGAGUCUCUUGAUGCCUACACAUUAAACUACAGCCACGGGUCUCUGAGUCUCUUGAUGUCUACAGAUUAAACUACAGCCACAGGUCUCUGAGUCUCUUGAUGCCUACACAUUAAACUACAGCCACGGGUCUCUGAGUCUCUUGAUGCCUACAGAUUAAACUACAGCCACAGGUCUCUGAGUCUCUUGAUGUCUACAGAUUAAACUACAGCCAUGGGUCUUUGAGUCUCUUGAUGCCUACAGAUUAAACUACAGCCACAGGUCUCUGAGUCUCUUGAUGUCUACAGAUUAAACUACAGCCACAUGUCUCUGAGUCUCUUGAUGUCUACAGAUUAAACUACAGCCACAGGUCUCUGAGUCUCUUGAUGUCUACAGAUUAAACUACAGCCACAGGUCUCUGAGUCUCUUGAUGCCUACACAUUAAACUACAGCCACGGGUCUCUGAGUCUCUUGAUGCCUACAGAUUAAACUACAGCCACAGGUCUCUGAGUCUCUUGAUGUCUACAGAUUAAACUACAGCCAUGGGUCUUUGAGUCUCUUGAUGCCUACAGAUUAAACUACAGCCACAGGUCUCUGAGUCUCUUGAUGUCUACAGAUUAAACUACAGCCACAGGUCUCUGAGUCUCUUGAUGUCUACAGAUUAAACUACAGCCACAGGUCUCUGAGUCUCUUGAUGUCUACAGAUUAAACUACAGCCACAGGUCUCUGAGUCUCUUGAUGUCUACAGAUUAAACUACAGCCACGGGUCUCUGAGUCUCUUGAUGUCUACAGAUUAAACUACUAUAAAUAGCCCUUUUAAUGGACAAUUCCCCUGGCUCCCACACUGCCUCCCAGUCUCCUCCCAGUCUGUUGUCUAUAGGAAUAAAAGUAUUUGGGACAGUCUUACCUCUGACGAUCAGCUGUGCCCCGGCUGUGUCUGUUGUCCUCCAGACCAGGACCUGUAUUUAUAAAGCGUCCCAGAGUAGUAGUGCUGAUCUACAAUUAGGCCCCUGUCAAUAUAGUCUGUGAUGUCACGAGAGGCUGUGUCCUGGAGGGACGUUACAUCCCCCUGAGAUGGCUGCAAACCCAGACAGCUAUGGCUCCAUCUGCUGGUAUGGUCGGGAACUCCACCCCUCUAUGGCCAAUCUUCCCACGCAGCUGAAACAAAUGAGGAGCUGAUGAGCUGAAGGUUUGGAAGGGAAGAGACACACUGAGAGGGAGUGUGUGGGUUGUGAAGAAACACAGUCUCCAACCUGGGCUCUCUGGAGGACAAGAGUGCUGCACGUCCACUUCCAGGAGGAAUAUAAGGAUUUGGAGAUACUUACCUUUGGGAAAUACUCACCUUUGGAUAUAUGCACCUGUGGAAAUACGUGAGAGACAUUUGGAAGGACUUUUUGCUGGGUUGGCCACUAGCUGCAACGUGGACUACAGUAAGGCUGGGGAAAAGUUUCUGAGCGAGUGAGAAUUAUGAUUUUGGAUGUGGAAGAGACAUCCCUGAACUGUUAACCCUUAAAGAGCCACAAGAGAACAGAAUUUUGUUAUAUUUUCGUUAAUUUCCCAAGACCUUUAAUAAAAUCCUUGUUUUGUUUGAACCUUGUCUCCUUGCACUACUUGAGCAAUCCCGCUGAAAGCUGUGUAGCCUCUCGUGACGUCACAGAUGGUGGAGAAUACGGGCAAGCUCAAGCGUUAAUAGUGCAUGUCAGAGGAGGAUACCGAAGGUUUGAUCACCCAGUUUUCCAAGUUGGCCGUAGGCUCUCCGCCGACUGAAAUGGAGGACAUAUUGAAAGCCCUUGUUGCUGGCCAGCAAGCCCAGAUGCAAGCAAACGUGGCUCUCUUGGAGGAGCAAAAGAAAGCCAACCUUCUGAAGGCAGAGGAAUUGCAGUUGCAGAGACAGAGGGUUGUCCAAAAUACCCGCCCCAUAAAGGCAAGUGACUUUAUAUCUAAGAUGGGAGCUACCGAUGACAUUGAGGCAUACCUGCAUGCAUUUGAGGCCACGGCCACUAGGGAAGCCUGGCCCAAGCAACAGUGGGUUGGUCUGUUAGCCCCCUUCCUAACCGGGGAAUCGCUGAAUGCUGUCCGGGACCUGGGCCCUGACCAGGUUACUGACUAUGAUGCCCUGAAGGCUGAGAUCCUCAGCAGAUAUGGACUCACAACGUUUGGUAUGGCCCAGCGCUUUCACAGCUGGACCUUCCAACCAGACCAACCUCCUCGGGCGCAGAUGCAUGAACUUGUCCGAAUCGCAAGGAAAUGGCUGGAUCCGCAGAGGAAUACAGCAGCGGCGGUGGUGGAGGCCGUUGUGGUGGAUCGUUACCUACGCGCCCUGCCUUAUGAGGCAAAACGGUUCAUCAGUCAACAGGCCUUGACCACGGCUGAUCUGACCGUGGAAGCUGUGGAAAAGUACCAGGCCACAGCGGAGAUGCUGAAUGCUUCCCGAAAAGACCCCAGGAGUGCGGCCCCACCACAAAUGGGAAGAACCCGUCCAAAGGACCCCAAGGUCUCGAACCCAGCCACGUCAGGACUUAUCCCGGCUCCAGGGGGAGCCAGAAACCAGGCGGGUCCAAGAAGAGUACACCAGGAGGGGGAAACUCGACAGUGUUACCGGUGUGGGGAGAUGGGACAUAUCUCCUGGCAGUGUGGGAAACCAGCCGAUGAACCUAUGCCCACUGCGGAGUCCUCCAGCUCAGCACCCACACACCGUUUUGCCUCGCUCUUGGGAGUCGUAGAUGGCGGCCCAGAUCGACCCCCCACCUGCCCAGUAACUGUGAAUCACCAUGAUGUGGAGGCCUUACUGGAUUCUGGUAGCCGGGCCACCCUGGUGCGUAAGGAUUUGGUGGGCCCAACGUGUCUGACCCCGGGGAAAGUCCUCCCAGUUUCCUGUGUCCAUGGAGACACCAGAGAAUACCCCAUUACUGAACUUACAAUGACCAGCACACGGGGAACCAUACACACGACGGCGGGGGUGGUUGAUUCCCUCCCCGUUCCUGUCCUAAUUGGACGAGACUGCCCAGCCUUUUACCCACUCUGGAGAGAGUCUCAGGAGAGGAUAACCCGAGUACCUCGGAAACGGAGAGGCUCUGAUAGGGAUGGCAGGUGCCCAGACCGACACAGAGACUGGUCCGGAUACGGGAGAAGAGAACGCAGCCCAGGAAAGUGCUCCGUUCUCCAGGGAAGAAGACGUCCCAGGCACCCAAGAGCUUCCCCCUCUCACAGGCCAGUAUGGGCUGGCAAGCACCACGGCAAUGCGGACGCCCUCUCCCGGCGUGAUGCCUUCUUCGCUGCCUUUACCCCGACGAGGACGUCGGUCCCGAGGAGGGGGAUGUGUGAUGUCACGAGAGGCUGUGUCCUGGAGGGACGUUACAUCCCCCUGAGAUGGCUGCAAACCCAGACAGCUAUGGCUCCAUCUGCUGGUAUGGUCGGGAACUCCACCCCUCUAUGGCCAAUCUUCCCACGCAGCUGAAACAAAUGAGGAGCUGAUGAGCUGAAGGUUUGGAAGGGAAGAGACACACUGAGAGGGAGUGUGUGGGUUGUGAAGAAACACAGUCUCCAACCUGGGCUCUCUGGAGGACAAGAGUGCUGCACGUCCACUUCCAGGAGGAAUAUAAGGAUUUGGAGAUACUUACCUUUGGGAAAUACUCACCUUUGGAUAUAUGCACCUGUGGAAAUACGUGAGAGACAUUUGGAAGGACUUUUUGCUGGGUUGGCCACUAGCUGCAACGUGGACUACAGUAAGGCUGGGGAAAAGUUUCUGAGCGAGUGAGAAUUAUGAUUUUGGAUGUGGAAGAGACAUCCCUGAACUGUUAACCCUUAAAGAGCCACAAGAGAACAGAAUUUUGUUAUAUUUUCGUUAAUUUCCCAAGACCUUUAAUAAAAUCCUUGUUUUGUUUGAACCUUGUCUCCUUGCACUACUUGAGCAAUCCCGCUGAAAGCUGUGUAGCCUCUCGUGACGUCACAAGUCUUAUUCAUUAUGAUUUAAAAGGCUAAACUGAUCCUAGACCAGCCACUAACCAUUGGGAUCUCACAGCAGGUAAUGUCACUCUGAGAUUACCAGCCCCUCCACCCAGCCCCAAACCAGCCCCCUCGCUGCCCCUGUUCCACUGGAGGUAAAAACACAGUGCCCUUGGGUUCAUCUCACCCAUGGGACCUCACUCUGCCUGGGGGACAGGGGUCUGGGUUCACCCUCACCCAUGGGACCUCACUGCCUGGGGGACAGGGGUCUGGGUUCACCCUCACCCACAGGACCUCACUCUGCCUGGGGGUCUGGGGACUGGGUUCACCCUCACCCAUGGGACCUCACUGCCUGGGGGACAGGGGUCUGGGUUCACCCUCACCCACAGGACCUCACUCUGCUUGGGGGGUCUGGGUUCACCCUCACCCACAGGACCUCACUCUGCCUGGGGGGCCAGGGGACUGGGUUCACCCUCACCCACAGGACCUCACUCUGCCUGGGGGCCAGGGGACUGGGUUCACCCUCACCCACAGGACCUCACUCUGCCUGGGGGGUCUGGGUUCACCCUCACCCACAGGACCUCACUCUGCCUGGGGGGCCAGGGGACUGGGUUCACCCUCACCCACAGGACCUCACUCUGCCUGGGGGCCAGGGGACUGGGUUCACCCUCACCCAGCUGAUUCAAAUGAUCAAAGCUUGAUGAUGAGUUGGUUAUUUGAAUCAGCUGUGUAGUGAAAGGGGCAAAAACCCCUUGGGGUCCCCAGGAGCGGGUUUGGGAAACGCUGGACUAUGGGUUUGGGCACUCCUCCAUAGUAGGCCACUCUCCGUCUGGGUCAUUUCCCCAGGCUCUUUGUACCCCCCCUGGAGCCGCACCAACUGAGCACAACAUCCUCAAACGACGGACAGAAUUUCACUUUGCAUGGAAACCUCAUCACCUCAAAUCUCAUGUUGAAGCUUUUGAGGCACUGUGAGGUGACCUCCUGUGAGUUUGUGUGUAUAUAUAUAUAUAUAUAUAUAUAUAUAUAUCUGUCAUCAUCAUCAUCAGAUGUGUGUGUGGGGUUUCAGUUUGGACUGAGGUGUAUGUUUCUCUCUGCAGGCUGGAGGCAGCGAAGGAUGACUAUCGUAUCCGCUGUGAGGAGUUGGAGAAGGAGCUGACGGAGCUGAGAGGACAGAACGAAGAGCUCACCUCCCUGGCUGAUGAGGCCCAGUCACUAAAGGACGAGAUGGACGUACUCAGGUAGGAACCACCCUACACCCUAACCCCUAACCCUACACCCUAACCCCUAACCCUACACCCUAACCCCUAACCCUGGCUGAUGAGGCCCAGUCACUAAAGGACGAGAUGGACGUACUCAGGUAGGAACCACCCUACACCCUAACCCCUAACCCCUAACCCUACACCCUAACCCCUAACCCUACACCCUAACCCCUAACCCCUAACCCCUAACCCUGGCUGAUGAGGCCCAGUCACUAAAGGACGAGAUGGACGUACUCAGGUAGGAACCACCCUACACCCUAACCCCUAACCCUACACCCUAACCCCUAACCCUACACCCUAACCCUACACCCUAACCCCUAACCCUACACCCUAACCCCUAACCCCACACCCUAACCCCUAACCCCUAACCCUACACCCUAACCCCUAACCCUGGCUGAUGAGGCCCAGUCACUAAAGGACGAGAUGGACGUACUCAGGUAGGAACCGCCCUACACCCUAACCCCUAACCCUACACCCUAACCCCUAACCCUACACCCUAACCCUACACCCUAACCCCUAACCCCUAACCCCUAACCCUGGCUGAUGAGGCCCAGUCACUAAAGGACGAGAUGGACGUACUCAGGUAGGAACCGCCCUACACCCUAACCCCUAACCCUAACCCCUAACCCCUAACCCUACACCCUAACCCCUAACCCUACACCCUACACCCUAACCCCUAACCCUACACCCUAACCCCUAACCCUACACCCUAACCCCUAACCCUACACCCUAACCCUACACCCUAACCCCUAACCCUGGCUGAUGAGGCCCAGUCACUGAAGGGACUUUGUACCCCCCCUGACUUGAUGGACGUACUCAGCUCAGGCAGACUCACACAAAUAUGUCUCUCUUUUUCCAUGUUUUUCAUGGUAGGGGUCAAUUCAAAUAGGAAGUUUAAUUCCUGAGUUGACUCAAUUGAAAUGGAAUUGACCCCAACCAUGGUAACACUCAAGUGCUAGUUAACCCAGCAAGCAGGCAUGUAGUGGUGCACUCGUUGCCCGCCUUUGGCAUAGUUGGCAGCCCACUGGCGGCACAACGUUUUGCGUAGACACUGACCUCCGCUUGUGUCAUACAGACACUCGUCAGACAAGGUGUCCAAGCUGGAGGGCACGGUGGAGGCCUAUAAGAAGAAGCUAGAGGACCUGGGAGACCUGAGGAGACAGGUUAAGCUCUUAGAGGAGAAGAACACUGUCUACAUGCAGAACACUGUCAGUCUGGAGGAAGAAGUACGCAAGGCCAACACCACCAGAGGACAGCUGGAGACCUACAAGAGACAGGUAUGGAUGGAGACAACACACACACACACACACACACACACACACACACACACACACCACUACAAACACACAGAGAGAGAGUUUAACAUACUGUCUUUGUUGUCCCCAGGUGGUAGAGCUGCAGAACAGGCUGUCUGAGGAGUCUAAAAAGACAGACAAGAUGGAGUUUGAAUACAAGAGACUCAAGGAGAAGGUGGACUCUCUCCAGAAAGAAAAAGAUGUAGGUGCAACAAUGGUUCAUGUCAGUUUACAGUACUGUACUUCAGUACUACUAUAGUUUACAGAACCACAGGUCAGUCAACCAGUCAUCUGUAAUAAUAACAGAAGUGGAACGUAAACAGGAAGCAGACGUGGUCUGUAAACAGGAAGCAGCCAUGGUCUGUAAACAGGAAGCAGCCGUGGUCUGUAAACAGGAAGCAGCCGUGGUCUGUAAACAGGAAGCAGCCGUUGUCUGUAAACAACAGGAAGCAGCCGUGGUCUGUAACAGGAAGCAGCCGUGGUCUGUAACAGGAAGCAGCCGUGGUCUGUAAACAGGAAGCAGCCGUGUUCCUGUAAACAGGAAGCAGCCGUGGUCUGGUAAAACGGAAAAAGGGGAAAAAGCCCGGGGUCUGUAACGGGGAAGCACCCGGGGCCCCCCCCUUUAAACGGGAAAACCCACCCCCCUGGGGUGAAAAAGGGGAAGCAGCGUGGUUUUAACGGGAAGAAAGCCUUUGGUUGAAACGGGAAAGAACAGCCGUGGCUGAAAACAGGAAGAAACCCCCCUGGUUCUGAAACGGGGAAGCAGCCGUGGUCGUACAAAAGUGUGUUGCUCAAAUCCUGGGAGUAAGUUUUGUGCGGGGAAAAAGGUUUUUUUUGCCCUUUCACAACAGUUUCCUUUUCCUAGUUUUUUUAUCCCCCCCCUUUUUUCCCCCAGCGUCAGACCGGCAAUUAAAUUGGGUCCCGCAAAUCGGUAAAAGGGGCCUGAAAAAUGAUAAAUAUUUUACCCUUUUGCAUGUUCUUUUGAUUUAGAAUGGGGGUAAAAUUCUUCCAAUCGCCCUUACUAAGUAGGUCGCCCAAAAAAGGGGGGUAGCUUUUUUAAAUAUACCCCUUCUCUUCUAUCUACUCCUCUCUUGACUCUCUCUUCCUCUUCUCCUCUCCGUCUCUUUUUCCACAUCUCCGCCCCUUAGAAACUAUAUAAACCUCUCUUUUCUUUUCUCUCCUCCCCUUCUUUCCCCUCUCUCUCUCUCUUUCUCUCCCCUCUUUUUCCCAACCUCCCCCCCUUCCCCGGGGAGGAUGAGGUCGGGAGAGAGACCUUGAAGGAGACCCUUUGAGGACGUGCGUUUUUUAAAGGCCCUCAGAAGGAAAAACCCCUAUCUCCAGGGAAAAAAACACAAAAAUCCUGCUCUCCCUAUUUACUUUUUUCCUCCCCUGCUGUCAUUUGUCUUCGAAAGAGAAAAACGAAAAAAAAAGGGGGGGGAAGAAAAACGGGGAAGGGUUACUAAAGGGGAAAAAGGGGGUUUUAACGGGUUUGGGUGUUAAGUUUACUUGUUGAUAUUUAAAAAAGCAGUAAACCGUUCUUUUCCCUUUUAGUUUUGUUCAUAUUCAUGUCCCCGCAGUGCCUCUAGUCUGUUUUAGUCAUCAGAGUUUGUGUCUAACAUAAUGUGUUUGUGUUUCUCCAGGCAUGGUUCCACUCGGCAGUAACGAGGGCUCUGAUUCGCUGGCUGCAGAGAUCAUCACCCCGGAGAUCCGGUAUGAUUUGUUGAGCCCCCAGACAUUCCACAGCCCCCAGACUGAAUCAUGCAUAUCACGUUCACCCAUCUCAUCAGCUCACACAAUGUUUACUUUCAUCCAACAGGCUCUGUUUUGGUGGGAGGAAUGUUGAAAUCUGUUGGGUCAUAAACUAGCUUAUGUACUGUUUAUUUAACUCCUGUCCUCACGCUAACACGUGUUAUCUGUUAUCACACUUUCUCAACGUUUCAAAGAUUAGUGCUCUGUUUCCGUUUCUGGUAGAUACCCAUAUGUCUAUAAAUCCUUCUCAAGGCUCAUUAACUUUAUGUGACCACUUCAAAUAAAUAUUUUCCACUAAACCAAUUAGACCGCUCUCCUCUUCUCUGGCCGCUUCCCCUCUAGUCGGUUUGACAUUCUCCGCUCGGCAACAGCCAGAUACCUUCAAAGCUUUUUCUGUUGUGUUAUGUCUGCUCUGAAGGCUGAUGAUGGCCUGGCUGGGUAAUGUACGCUCUGUAGAGGCUGAUGACUGGGCCCGGUGGGUGGGGAAUGUACUGCUUGUAGAAGGUGAGGAAUUUGGGCCCGGCUGGGUAAUGUAAUGCUCGUAGAAGGCUGAUGACUGCCUGGCUGGGUAAUGUACUGCUCUGUAGAAGGCUGAUGACUGGCCUGGCUGGGUAAUGUACUGCUCUGUAGAAGGCUGAUGACUGGCCUGGCUGGGUAAUGUACUGCUCUGUAGAAGGCUGAUGACUGGCCUGGCUGGGUAAUGUACUGCUCUGUAGAAGGCUGAUGACUGGCCUGCUGGGUAAUGUACUGCCUGUAGAAGGCUGAUGAUGGCCUGGCUGGUAAUGUACUGCUCUGUGGAAGGCUGAUGACUGGCCUGGCUGGGUAAUGUACUGCCUCUGUAGAGGCUGAUGACUGGCCUGGCUGGGUAAUGUACUGCUUGUAGAAGGCUGAUGACUGGCCUGGCUGGGUAAUGUACUGCUCGUGUAGAAGGCUGAUGACUGCCCUGGCUGGGGUAAUGUUACUGCUCUGUAGAAGGCUGAUGACUGGCCUGGUGGGUAAGUACUGCUCUGUAGAAGGCUGAUGACUGGCCGGCUGGGUAAUGUACUGCUCUGUAGAAGGCUGAUGAAUGGCCUGGCUGGGUAAUGUACUGCAUCUGUAGAAGGCUGAUGACUGGCCUGGCUGGGGUAAUGUAUGCUCUGUAGAAGGAUGUGACUGGCCUGGCUGGGUAAUGUACUGCUCUGUAGAAGGCUGUUGACUGCCCUGGCUGGGUAAUGUACUGUGGACAGAGAGUUAUACUUGUUAGUUAUGUAAUGUUCAGUAUGUCUCCAGAUCCCUCAGAGUUACAUCAGCUCUGUUCUAG